GAGUCCGCCUUGACGCGGUCAGGCUGAUGUUGUCCAUGUGCCACUCACUCACUGUACCCUUAAGGCGCUCGUCGAAGGACAAAGUAACAAGCGGCGAAUCUUGUCUGGUUUGGGGAAAACGCGACCGCAAUGUAGUGGACGUCACGAUCCCGGAAGUGAAACGCAAGACUGGCGCUGACUGUUUUUGACAGAUUGCAAGCUAGCCGCCAGCUAACGUUGGCAUAAAAAUACGAGCGAGGGGAGCUCGACUCUUUAUAAAGGUCAAAUAAGCGAGGACAAUGGUCCCAUCAUGAUCCACGCCGAUGGCUUCUCCAAGUACCAGGCGAGCGUGCAACCGGGAGGCAGGAGGAGACCUCCCACAGAGAUGCUCCAUCUGCUCUCUGCGGUUAUUGUUUGGCUAGUGACGGGCACCACCAUCUCCAGCCUCAACAAAUGGAUCUUUGCCGUGUACAACUUCAGGUACCCCCUGCUGUUGUCCGCUCUGCACAUGCUGACGGCCAUCGUGGUGGACUACGGCUUGAUCAAACUGCGGGUGAUCCGCCACGCGGGGAUGCUGGAGCAGGACUUGACCCCCGGGGCCAAAUGUAAAGUUUUCCUGCUGAGUCUUACGUUUUGUGCCAGCAUCGCCUUCGGCAAUAUGGGUCUGAACUACGUGCAGUUGUCCUUCGCGCAAAUGAUCUACACCACCACCCCGCUCUUCACUCUGGCCAUCUCCACGCUGAUCCUGGGCAAGCAGCAUCACAUCCUCAAGUACACAGCCAUGAUGCCCAUCUGCCUGGGGGCCUCCUUCAGCAUCAUGGGUGAGGUCCAGUACGACCAGACGGGCUGCUUGUUUGUCAUCGCAGCCACCAUGUUCAGGGGUGUCAAGUCCAUCCAACAGAGCAUUCUCCUUCAAGAAGAGAAGAUCAACUCUGUGUUCCUGCUCUACCUGAUGUCCAUCCCCAGCUUCUGCAUCCUGGCCGUGGCGGCCUUGGCACUGGAGAAUUGGGCCCUACUGGAGUCGCCGCUGCACUACGACCAGCGCCUGUGGGUCUUCAUCCUGCUCAGCUGCCUGGGCUCGGUCCUGUACAACCUGGCCAGCAGCUGCGUCAUCACGCUCACGUCGGCCGUCACCCUCCACAUUCUGGGCAACCUGAGCGUGGUAGGCAACCUCCUGCUAUCCCAGCUGCUCUUCGGCAGCGAGUUGUCCGCCCUGAGCUGCGCCGGUGCCGUGCUCACGCUGUCGGGCAUGCUCAUCUAUCAGAACUCCGAGUUCAUCGUCAGUUACAUGGACACGCGCAGAGCCAAAAUGAAGGAUUCACAAGGUAAGGACAAAAUGGAUGUCGCUGAAAUGAGAUGUCGUUGGCAAAGAACAGAGCGGGAUAAUGAGGACCCGACAGACUGAAAUGCAGGUCGUUCUGCUUAAUUAGUCAAGAGCAGCUGACUUUUUACGGUGAUCCUCACUGAUGAUGACGAUGUGCCACAGUACAGGAAUCCCCCACAUUUCAGAGGUAAUACGGACUGAGCCCUACCAAGUAAUUAAGUUCGUAAUUCCUUAUUAAUAGUUUUAAACUGGCGCGAUCCUGGUCACAUUUUCUUGCAUCCCAGUCACAGUACCUUGAUUUUGAGUAUUGCCUGAUAUUGAGUCUUAUCCGAUACCUCGCCAUACUUAUAUGCGAGCGCAUUCGCUUUCUUUAGUAAAUGAUACAUUUUCAUGGUUAUUUAGAAGUAUGAGUUAAAUGUAUGACUCAGCGCAGCUGCUUGUCAUGAAGUAAUUGACACUUGUAGCAUUUCUAUUUGAAAGGAAAUCGUUAAAAAGCGUCAUAUUUCUUAACCUGUAGCUCUUAAACCCUGACAAUGCAAGAUCUUUCGGCUAGCCCUGACUGUAGGCCGUGUAGGCAAAAUAUUUCUGCAUCUCACUCUGUGUCUCUUCUUCUUUAACAAGCUUUCAAACAUGAGUUUUGCGGACAAAAGCAAAGCACCGCCCACUACAGAGCACUGUGGCUGCAGGGCAGCGGCACAGGCCCCUACAUAAACCCAGCGCUGUAAAAAAAAAAAUAAUAAUAAUAAUAAAAAGCUGCUACUUUUCAUCCGAUACUGAUGAGCUGAAAAUUACAUAAUCGCCCCCAAUCUCCGAUCACGUGAUCGGCUCAGGUCAACUGUAGUUAAAACCAUAAUUAUAUCACAAAUUACAAUCCAAAAACUGUUCAAUGUCACACAUGCUGUAGAUGACUUUCCUUUCCACUAACAACCCCAGGCUAAGACUAAGAUCACUUCAGCGUACUUCAUUGAGACUGAUCUUUAUGUAGACAGGGCUUUGGCACCAUCUUGUAGCAGCUUAGAGCACAAAAACUGCAAACGAUGAGUGAGUUUUACAAUUACUAAAUGAUGCUAGAUUUCACACAAAAAACACAAAAUUAAAAGUGAAUAUGUGGGGGGAUACUGUGCUCAUACAUCUUCAAUGUGCCAAGCCUACUGUGGAGUCCAGAAGAGGUGGGCUUUUUUUUUUUUUUUUUAAACUAUAUAUUGAUUGUCCAAUGACCAAUCCUCCUACCUACUCCUCUGUUUGAAUAUCACUCUGACAAUGCCUCCACCCGCAUGUGUUGUGUUUAUGCAAGUAAGCACACUUACACCGUUUGGAUACCUGGUGAAGAUUGCACAACGACACCACCUAAACUCUCCUGCGAACCAGACUUUGACGUUUAAAGCAGGGGGGCUUUAGCGCUGUUUAGGAUGGUACUGUUACACGACUCCCUGGUUCCUAAUUUAAAUCAGGAUUUUGGCAUCUUUUUUCCCCCAGUUAGAUUUAUUAUGCCGCAGAUAGCGGUGAAUGAAUCCCCACUGAAAGCACCUAAUUAAUCAUAAGAAUAAUACAGAGCAGCCUACAUUUUCAGUCUCCAUAGAAUACUUCCUCUCUUUUUUCACUGCUAGCAUUAUUAGGACCACACACUCCCAAAAGUAGUGUUUCCCAAGAUGAGCGAAAUUGCAUCAUUUCCCAUGGGCCAGCGGUUGGGAAUCACUGCCCUAAAGAGUGUCGCUCAAAAAGAGAGGAGAUGGAGCUGGAGAUGCCCUGCAAGCUGCCAUGUUCAAUUCUAACCAAUGUUACUUUGACGAGGGACGACAUUUUGUUUUAUUAUUGUGACACAUCUUCCAAACUAGACUUCUGCUGGACAGUAACAAUGUCUCUUAAAAUAUGUUUUACUUAUAUUUCAUUUAAUGACAUUUUGCCUCCUCACUCCGAAUUAAAAAAAUAAAUAAAAAUUAUUUAUUUUUGAAUGUCCAUAGCAGUCACUGUCUUUGUCUUGCACAAGCGUCUGUGUUCCUGUAGUCGGACGGAAUGCUAAAUGCUGCUGCGUGUGUGUGUAAUAUAUAUAUGCCAAAUGUUUACUUGUGUUUAAGCAUUAUUUAAUUGCACUGCGGUGUCAAACUGGUUCCACACCAGAGACGCCAAAGCCAUCCAUCCUAUUUUAUUUUUAUUUGCUCUAAUAGUAAUUGACAAAAUGAGACUGUCUGAAAAGUUAUGUUUACAGGUGCAUCUCAAUAAAUUACAAUACGGUGAAAAAAUGUAUUUUAGUAGUUCAAUUCAAAAAGUGAAACCGGUACAGAUUCAUUACACACAGUUAAAAUAUUUCGUUUUUUUUUUUUUUUUUUUUAAAUACUUGUGAUUAUACCUUAAAACUAAUGAAAACCCACAACUCACCCCUUGAGAAAUGUGACUACUACAUAAGAAACAAUAAGAAAAAUAAAUGUAUUAUACAUUGUUAACGGCACCGCUUUACCACGGGUUUGGAUUUUUCUGGAAUGUAUCUACAUGUCUAUCGCGGAAAUCCCUGCUGUAUCUUUGAUAUCUAUAUGUAGCAGUGUUUUUUUUAUUUUAUUUUAUUAAUUUUUUUUAAUGUUGUUACGCUAUACCACUUUAAUGCCCAUACAUGUGGGACAAGAGAGCCACAGUCUCCGAUACACUUUUCAAUGCCAGGAAAUGGUAAAACACAAACGAAGGAGCUGCUGUCAGCCACAGCGACUCCGUCAGGCACCACCUCUUAAAGGCACAUACCUAAAACACAGAUAUCCAAUAUGCACAAUAUUUUCUAUACAUUUUAUCCUUGUAUUUUUUGCUUUCAAAUACAUUUUCAAAUCUGUUUUCUAAAAAGUCUGUAUUAAUAACUAUUGUAUGUUCAAAGAGUGUCGCAGGAUUAAAACUAUUUUAAAAACAUAUUUUUAUAUGAGCUACUGAGAAGUAGAGUGAAGUCAUUCUAUUUUUGUCAUUUUGCAGGAGAGUGCUUUAAAGUUUCAUCAAACGUUCAAAUCAAGCUUCAUUUAUAGAGCACUUUUCAUACAAUUAUAUGCAUUUCAAAGUGCAUUACAUAAUUAAAAUCAAUCCCCUCCCGCCGCUUAUCCACACAGAUACAUACAUGCACACACACAGUUAAAAAAGUGAGCAAAUAAUAAUGUGAUGACCUAUGGCUGGGCACAGACAUCAAGUGGGAAACAUCAUCUCAGGGAGACAGCAGAUCGCGGCCACAGGGUACCGGCAUGGAGCCCUGGUGUAGUGGGGUAGGGAAAGCCACAAAUGGCGACUGAUGACCUAUGAGGCAGGACCAUGGACACGAUUAAUUACAGCUCCCACUGCAGAAGGCUCCCUCUGAGGAAACACUGAAAGACACUAAAAAUAAUCAUAAACAUGCAUUUAAACAAAAACAAACACAUAGCUGCAUAAAACUCAGCUUUCAGUAAAAGUUUAAGACUAUAGAAAAGAGUAAUGAAACAUUGAAACUAAAAUAGUUAACUAUUAAAAUAGUUAACACUACUGGGGUAAGUUAUAAAGUUAGAAGUUUCUCACUUAGGGCCUCAGGACCGAUGACUAAAACUUCAGUUUUGUCCUGGUUAAGCUGGAGAAAGUUCUCUGGUGUCCAGGAUUUGAUGUCUAAAAUACAGUUUAAAAGAGUAUCCAUUGGACUGGUGUCAUCAGGAGACACUGAGAUGUAUAGCUGUGUAUCAUCAGCGUAGCUGUGCAAGUUCACGCCAUGCCUCCUGAUGACACUGUCAAGAUUUAGACCAGUAUUCAUCUGAAUGAUAUGCCAUUUCUGCACUUAACUUUAAAAUGACAGAAAUGGAGUUCACCCACUCGAGUUCUCAGUGCUAUCCAUAUUCCUGAUUUUCACCGAUUGCCGGUGAGCCGCGGUUCGCUGUAUAGAAAUAAUGUAGGAAUUGGACUUCUGAGUAGUAUUUUCCUUUGUGUUUAUUGAAUCAAUACUGUGAGUUUCACUUUUUGAAAAGAACUACUGAAAUGAACUUUUUGACCAUAUUCUAAUUUAUUGAGAGGCAUGUGUAUAUUUAAGAUGCCUCAUACAUCCCCAGACUGUUUAAUUACAUUUAUUUUCCUCGAUGGUUUGAACUUUUUAAAAAAAAAAGAAAAAAAAAAAGAAAAGAUGUUUCGGGCUUUUUUUUUUUUUUUUUUUAUCAAUCCACUGGUUCAACACUUGAAUACCUCAAGUAGCUUUUCAGCUUUUCAACUGUGGCGUGAAAACAUCUGCAAGGAAACAAAAGACAACGUUACAAGCAUGUGUUUUCAACUUUGUGGUUAACAAUAUAGUGCACUGAUGAGGUUCAGAGCUGCUGGUUGGAUGCACUCUAUAUUUUAUUAUUAUUUACAUUAUGUAUUUUUAUUGUCCCGAACAGCACGGUCGACUGGUUCAAGAAUGCGUCAGGCCUUAUUGAGACAUUCUGUAGGAGAGUGGUUUGCCAUUUAGUUUGGAUGCCUACAUAAAUGUUUUUGUUUGGGGGCAAAUGUGUUGGGAGAACUCAUGCAAACACAAUAUGCUGUUUGUUCAUUAGGAAUAAAGGACUGCUACAAUAACCGACAUUAUACAACUUCUUGUCACACUUGUUUCUUUCAAAGUUCCCCCCCACCCGCUGUCUUCAUUUGUGUGGGUAAGCCCUUAAACAAUGUUCACCAUUGUUUAAGACUUCCCGGAUAAAUACAUUUUAGUUAGGCCUGUAACAAGUCUAAUCCAAAUUAUUUUGUUUUAACGGAUUUUAAAACUGCAAUGACAUAAUUUUAAACAGACUAAAAAAAAAGA